GAAACAGCCCCUCGGCCGCGCUGCGGUUCUAACACCACCCGCCGAGCGCUGCCCGGGGUCUCUUCCCGGCUCGAAUGAGAGCAGCGUGUUCCCUUCGGAGGCUAUUGCUAGGGGCGCCAGGUUGUCCGGUGUGGAAGCUGCUGCUGCCGCCGCCGCCGCCGCCUGAAGUCGGGCUUCUUGGGGCUUCUGGCCGGGCCCGCCGCCGCCGCCGCCGAGCAGGUCUCAAAAAAAGCCACUUCCUAGCUGGCCACAUAAUGGCCUUUGAACCACAAAAAGACUGGUAUAGAAUUCUGGGUGCAGAACCAUCAGAGAGCCUGACAGAACUGAAACAGAAAUAUCAGAAGCUGGUAUUAUUAGGAAAACGAGUGCAUUUUCUAAGUUCAAGGGAAUAUUGGUGGAACAAGUAUCAUCCAGACAAACAGAGCGCAGAUGUGCCAGCAGGAGAAGUGGAGGAGCGUGUGCAGAGGUUCAUCGAAAUUGAUCAAGCGUGGAAAAUUCUAGGGAACGAAGAGACAAAAAAAGAGUAUGACCUACAGCGCCAUGAAGAUGAUCUAAUGCAAACAUGGCCAGUGGAUGCUCAAAUUUAUCUUGAAGACAUGUCCUGGAAUAAGGAUGAACAUUGUUAUAGACGCUCAUGCCGAUGUGGUGGGAAGUAUACUGUCUCCAGAAGUGAAGCUGAAGAGGUUUCCUUGGUUUGCUGUGACACAUGUUCGUUAAUUAUAGAGAUCCUUCGAUGAAGUAACAGUUGUCCCACUUGCACGUGUUGGUUUCAUCCAGCUGAAUAUUCAGUGGACAAAAUCGGUUAGUAAAUGUGUCAGGGAAAAGGUGUGCAUUGCAAGUGCUAGCACCCUGUCACGGCUGAAAAGGAGGGCUUAAAUCUAUUUUCAAGUUUUAACUAGAAGAUCUUAAAGUUACGAACAGAAGAGCUAUAAGUGCUUCAGUUAAUCAAACUAGACGCAUUUCUGUACUUAAUAGAAUGUGAACUGUCCUGUGAAAAUGGUGCUUGUUUUCAAUGAUUUGAAAACUGUCCUUUUCCUGCCCUAUAAAUAAGUGCUUUCAUAA